CUUCCUUCCCCACCAGACAUCCCAUCCAUCCAUCUUCCCCACCAUCAAACAUCCACAACCACCACCACAACCACAACCACCGAACACACACAACCACACAACCACACAUACAGACAAUGCUCCGCACCACCCUCACUACCAGCACUCGCACCAUUGCCCGCUUCACGCCGCUGAUGUCCACCCGUCUCAGCAGCAGCGAGGGCGCAACCGGCAGCGGCUUUUCCCGCGCAGGCGGCCAGGCAGCGGGCGACUCGUUCACAAAACGCGAGAAGGCCGCCGAGGAUAUGUACUUCCGCCAGCAGGAACAAUUGAAGCUCAAGGAACUCAAAAUCAAGCUCCAGAAGCAGCGUCAACACCUUGAUGAGCUCGAUGCGCACAUCGACGAGAUGACCAAAGAGCAGGGCGGCGAGAAGAACUGAGCGAGUUGAGCGAGUUGCGGGGGCGUGUACUACGAAAGUCUACCGGAUGACGUCAUAACUUUGUUCUCGGAAGAGCUUGUCCUCGGGAGGAGGGAAAGAGGGAUGUAGAUAUAUCUCUUUGGACUGUGAAUACGGAGAUGUUGAUGCACCGUUUCAAUGCUCAAUGCUCAAUGCUCGUGAAAUACCUGCCCUUUUUUACGCGGGGAGGACUGUACAGCUGGAGUGAUCUGAGGUUGGUGCCCCAUUCUUGAUCCGGC